ACUAGGGGAGAGAUUAGGAGCAUCAAACACAAAGAGAACCACAUAACGAAAUGGGAUCACCAGUGGCCUUUUUGGCAGCAGCUUUGCUUGUCUUAGCAUUAUCUCUUGGUUUUGUAUCUGAAACCACCGCAAAUUACUAUUAUUCUUCUCCUCCUCCGCCGGUGAAGCACUACACUCCUCCAGUUUACAAAUCUCCACCACCACUUAUUAAACACUAUCCAGCUCCUCCAGUUUACAAAUCUCCCCCACCACCCAAGAAGCAAUACGAAUACAAAUCACCUCCACCACCGGUAAAGCAUUACUCCCCUCGACCGGUUUACAAGUCUCCUCCACCACCGAAGAAGCACUACGAGUACAAAUCACCACCACCACCUGUCUACCAGUCUCCCCCUCCUCCAGUGUACCACUCUCCUCCACCACCAAAGAAGCACUACGAGUACAAAUCCCCACCACCACCGGUCUACCAGUCUCCUCCUCCUCCGGCCUACCACUCUCCUCCACCACCAAAGAAGCACUACGAGUACAAAUCCCCACCACCACCGGUCUACCAGUCUCCUCCUCCUCCGGCCUACCACUCUCCUCCACCACCAAAGAAGCACUACGAGUACAAAUCCCCACCACCACCGGUCUACCAGUCUCCUCCUCCUCCGGCCUACCACUCUCCUCCACCACCAAAGAAGCACUACGAGUACAAAUCCCCACCACCACCGGUCUACCAGUCUCCUCCUCCUCCGGCCUACCACUCUCCUCCACCACCAAAGAAGCACUACGAGUACAAAUCCCCACCACCACCGGUCUACCAGUCUCCUCCUCCUCCGGCCUACCACUCUCCUCCACCACCAAAGAAGCACUACGAGUACAAAUCCCCACCACCACCGGUCUACCAGUCUCCUCCUCCUCCGGCCUACCACUCUCCUCCACCACCAAAGAAGCACUACGAGUACAAAUCCCCACCACCACCGGUCUACCAGUCUCCUCCUCCUCCGGCCUACCACUCUCCUCCACCACCAAAGAAGCACUACGAGUACAAAUCCCCACCACCACCGGUCUACCAGUCUCCUCCUCCUCCGGCCUACCACUCUCCUCCACCACCAAAGAAGCACUACGAGUACAAAUCCCCACCACCACCGGUCUACCAGUCUCCUCCUCCUCCGGCCUACCACUCUCCUCCACCACCAAAGAAGCACUACGAGUACAAAUCCCCACCACCACCGGUCUACCAGUCUCCUCCUCCUCCGGCCUACCACUCUCCUCCACCACCAAAGAAGCACUACGAGUACAAAUCCCCACCACCACCGGUCUACCAGUCUCCUCCUCCUCCGGCCUACCACUCUCCUCCACCACCAAAGAAGCACUACGAGUACAAAUCCCCACCACCACCGGUCUACCAGUCUCCUCCUCCUCCGGCCUACCACUCUCCUCCACCACCAAAGAAGCACUACGAGUACAAAUCCCCACCACCACCGGUCUACCAGUCUCCUCCUCCUCCAGUGUACCACUCUCCACCACCACCAAAGAAGCACUACGAGUACAAAUCCCCACCACCACCGGUCUACCAGUCUCCUCCUCCUCCGGCCUACCACUCUCCUCCACCACCAAAGAAGCACUACGAGUACAAAUCACCACCACCACCAGUCUACCAGUCUCCUCCUCCUCCAGUGUACCACUCUCCACCACCACCUAAGAAGCACUACGAGUACAAAUCACCACCACCACUAGUCUACCAGUCUCCUCCUCCUCCAGUUUACCACUCUCCUCCACCACCAAAGAAGCAUUAUGAGUACAAAUCUCCUCCUCCUCCAGUUUACCAGUCUCCCCCACCUCCAGUUUACCACUCUCCUCCACCACCCAAGAAGCAUUAUGAGUACAAAUCUCCUCCUCCUCCAGUUUAUCAGUCUCCUCCUCCUCCGGUUUACCAUUCUCCCCCACCACCAAAACACUAUGAAUACAAAUCUCCUCCUCCUCCCGUCCACUCUCCUCCUCCACCGGUUCACUACUCACCUCCUCACCAACCCUACCUCUACAAAUCUCCACCUCCUCCAUACCACUACUAAUUAAUCGUCUUCAUGGAGUUGACGACAGUACAAGUGAACAAAGAAUGUUUUGGUGAUAAAAUAAAA